AUGGCGGGAGGGAGACCUCAGCUGAAGAGGAGUUUUUCCAUCAUCCCCUGCUUUGUCUUCGUGGAGUCGGUACUGCUGGGCAUCGUGGUCCUGCUUGCCUACCGCCUGGAGUUCACAGACACGUUCCCUGUGCACACCCAGGGCUUCUUCUGCUAUGAUAGUACCUAUGCCAAGCCCUACCCAGGGCCUGAGGCUACCAGCAGAGCACCCCCAGCCCUCAUCUACGCCCUGGUCACCGCUGGGCCCACCCUCACGAUCCUGCUUGGGGAGCUGGCACGUGCCUUUUUCCCUGCACCACCCUCAGCCGUCCCCAUCAUUGGGGAGAGCACCAUCGUGUCCGGGGCCUGCUGCCGCUUCAGCCCCCCACUGCGGAGGCUGGUCCGCUUCCUGGGGGUCUACUCUUUCGGCCUCUUCACCACGACCAUCUUCGCUAACGCGGGGCAGGUGGUGACCGGCAAUCCCACGCCUCACUUCCUGUCUGUGUGCCGCCCCAACUACACAGCCCUGGGCUGCCCGCCACCCUCACCGGACCGGCCAGGGCCCGACCGUUUCGUCACUGACCAGGGUGCCUGCGCCGGCAGCCCCAGCCUGGUGGCUGCUGCACGCCGCGCCUUCCCCUGCAAGGACGCUGCCCUUUGCGCGUAUGCCGUCACCUACACAGCGAUGUACGUGACACUCGUGUUCCGCGUGAAGGGCUCCCGCCUGGUCAAACCCUCACUCUGCCUGGCCCUGCUGUGCCCUGCUUUCCUGGUGGGCGUGGUCCGCGUGGCGGAGUACCGCAACCAUUGGUCGGACGUGCUGGCUGGCUUCCUGACAGGGGCAGCGAUUGCCACCUUUCUGGUCACCUGUGUCGUGCACAACUUCCAGAGCCGGCCACCCUCUGGCCGAAGGCUCUCCCCUUGGGAGGACCUGAGCCAAGCCCCCACCGUGGACAGCCCCCUCGAAAAGUUAAGUGUGGCCCAGGAACCCGAGGGCUGCAGGCCGCAUUCGACACCGGCACGGCUCACCCCAUCCAAGCCGCAGAACUGCGCCCGCCGUGGCCACCUGAUCCCCAACUGCGUGUCCUCCAGGGCUCCAGCCAUGUGUUCAUCGCCCCGUGUGCCCCGCCCUCGAUUGAGGUCUGAGCCGACGCCCCUGCCUCUGCCCCUGCCCCUGCCGGCACCAACCCCCAGCCAGGGCCCCUCACCCUCUUCGCCUGGGCCUGGGGGGCCGGGCGGGGGUGGUGGUCGUGGCCGGAAGCUGCUGCUGCCCACACCCCUGCUGCGGGACCUAUACACCCUUAGCGGACUCUAUCCCUCCCCCUUCCACCGGGACAACUUCAGCCCUUACCUGUUUGCCAGCCGCGACCACCUGCUGUGA